AUGACAUCACCUUUAGCUACAUAUUCUUCUCCAGACAUUACAGAGAAGUUAUUCGCUGUGAAGGAGGGCAACUCCAGAUAUAGCACUACCAAUGGUAAGACAACGGGGCCUAGUACAUAUGUGCUGAAUGCCGGACAAGUAGAUAUUGAUAAGCCAUCUGACCCUAGAAUCAAUCCUGCCACACAACAGCCUACCACAUUAAGUAAGCUUCGGAUGGAAUUAACAGGAAUGCAAGAUGAUAUAAAUGAGUUCCUAACUCAACGUAUGGAAGUGGCAAAGAACAAGAAAUUAAAAAUACAGAAUACCUCGGAAGAGAAACGUAUUGAAAAUGAAAUCAAUGAGCUUUUGGAUGGUGGUGAUGGCGAUGACGACGAGGAUGCAGAAGAUCAGAAAGAGAAAAAUACAAACGCUAAAUGA